AACCUGAUAAUUCAUCUUUUCAUUUCAAUUUCUGCUGAAUAAUAACUCAUUCUUGAUCAUACAUGGCUCGUACCAAGCAAACCGCUCGCAAAUCCACCGGCGGUAAGGCACCACGGAAGCAGCUAGCUACCAAGGCAGCCCGCAAAUCAGCCCCUGCUACUGGUGGAGUCAAGAAGCCUCACCGCUUCCGCCCCGGGACAGUCGCUCUCCGUGAAAUUCGCAAGUACCAGAAAUCUACUGAGCUUCUCAUCCGCAAACUGCCCUUCCAGAGGUUGGUCCGUGAAAUUGCGCAGGACUUUAAGACUGAUCUGAGAUUCCAGAGCUCAGCUGUGGCGGCACUCCAAGAGGCUGCCGAGGCUUACCUGGUUGGGCUUUUUGAGGACACUAAUUUAUGUGCCAUUCAUGCUAAGAGGGUUACUAUUAUGCCUAAGGAUAUUCAGUUGGCCAGGAGGAUUCGGGGUGAAAGGGCAUAGUUUCAAUUCUUGUUUGCUUGGAAGGGUUGUUUAGUUUUUGUAGACUUGUAUUGAUUAUGAAGGAUUUGUGAUUCUACCCUCUUAUUUUCACCUUCUCAAUGAAAUUUGAGCUUUACUGUUAUAAUCCCAUUUGCAUUCUUAUU